AAAAAAGCCUCUUUCCAUCUUACAAUUACGGAGCGUUACACCAAUUGCUCCCGGAAUAUCGUUAUGUCGCCUCAAGGGACAACGAAGAUGGAGAAGCUGGAGGACUGGGAUUGCAUCGAUGGCACGGCUUCGCCCGAUCCGGCCAUCCUCAAGGAGCAAGAAGCGAAGAAACCUAUCGAAGUAUCGGAUUCCGUUUCCAAGUGGUCUAAGAUGAGUCACUCCGAGAAGCGGAGCGAGAAGAAGAAGAAGUACACGGAGUCCAAGGCGCGAGAAGACUUCAGACAGCAAUUCUCGGAGCUCGAACUCGGACCCUCCGGAAUCUCAAUCACGGACGGUGCAUCCUGCGCAUCUUCACCAGACGCCGAAACCAUCAUAAGAGAGCUAGGGUAUGCGGGAAAUGCAUCUGCACUGCCGCGAUCGCUGCGUAUAGCCGUCAAUAAUCGCUUCACCCGCGCACAACUCGCCAAAUUCAAAGACGAUGCCGAACUCAACUUCGCGCACCCGCUACCCUACUUCUUUUCCGGGUCUUUCAUCUUCCCGGCAUGCAUGCGCGCUGUCACAAACGGAACCACGCUUCUCUCGGUUGCACAGUCAAUGACACCUGCAUUGCUGCGCGGAUACAAACGGUAUCCCGUCAAAGAGCGGCCGUAUCCUGCCAUGCUCCCCUCAACAGAUCUGGAGGACAGCGUAUGGGGCAUGCUUGUAUUCGGCAUGUUGGACAGUCAGCGACGAGCUAUUCAUAAAUUCGAGAAUGGAAUGUUCGACUUGAGAAGAACGGAAGCGGAAAUCGAACUUCAGGGCGGCGAAAGAGUGGUUAUCGAAGUGGGAGUGUACGUGUGGAACAGAUCACCAGAGAGUCUGGUGAAAUUGGAAGAAAGGAAGUGGAAGAUUGAAGACUUAAUGGGGAGCGAGUGGUUCAAUGCAAUCAUCAAGAGAGCCGAGGAAGAAGAGAGGCUAUUGGAGAAUCAUGCGGCAUAAAAUUGUGCGUAAAUCAAGAUAAUAUAUACCUGCGGGGCAGUUCUUCCAUGCC